GGAUGCUUCAGUAAGGAGAACUUGAAAAGGGGACUUUGCAAGUUGCGUUCGGAAGGGCACAGGCGGAGGUGUCUCGAGACGGCUGAGUCAGCGGCAGGCUACGACCCGACGAGUCUCCAGUUUCGGUCGCGCCCGGGCUACCGGAUCAUUUCGCAUGUUGCGCCAACUGCGAGGGCCGUCUUGUCCACUCUAGGCGGACGCCUGCGCACACAAUUGUGUGUGCGCGUGUGCGUGUGGAUGAGGGUUCU